AUGAAGUCAUCCAACCACGAAGCCACCUCCACCACCGUCGACAUCGAAGUCGCGGCACCGAAUGACCACAAGUGGAUCGAUGGCGAUGACCUCUUUGGUGUCAAUCUUAACGAUGGUAUGGACGAACUGACCGAGAUAUCUGACAUUGAAACUGGUUCAUCUGACGACGACUUGGUCGUCCAUGAGCUCGGCGAUGACCUCGUUGAUGUCAACCUGGACGACGAUGUGGACGAAAUGACAGAGGAAUCUGAUAUUGAAACUUGUCUCUCUGGCAACGAUUUGGUUGCCUCUGAACCCGGCGACGACCUCGUUGAUGUCAACCUGGACGAUGAUGGCGACGAACUCACCGAGAAAUCGGAUGUCGAAACUGAUGCUUCUGAUGACGACCUGACUGCGCUUGAAAUUGAAGUCGAGGCUUUCAGAGUCGCCCUUCUCGCUACUCUUGGUGCCAAUAACGAGAUGGAUCCUCGCUUGAGGCGCAUUGCCUGUGACUUUGCCUUUGCCCAAUCGGAACGAGCUCGCACAGGGCGACCGCUUCUCGUAGUUUCGACCAUUGAAAUCUUUGGUCACCUAGGUGACAUUCGAGCCGACAUUCGAUGGGCUGAAGAUGCGGCUCGACGAAGAGAAAAUCAUGAAACAUGUGUCAGCUGGGAAGACUCUGAAAAAAAGAGGAAGCAAAUGAGAUGGAAACGCUCCUACCUGACCUAUACCAUUAUAAUUUCACAUUUCGCCAUGAUGGUAUACGAGUUCUAUUUGAGUGAUUGGACCGCAGAACCAAUGAAGACAAAUAAAAGCUUUGGACCAUCAAGCGAUGUUAUGUUCCGAGCUGGGUCUAUGCGUGCUUUCGACAUGAUUCAGAAUGGAAAUUGGUACCGACUUUUGACGGCAACUUUCUGUCACGCUGGGUUGAUUCACUACAUUGCAAAUGACCUUGGUAUUUGUCACCUUGGAAGUAUUUUUGAAGCAAAUCAUGGAAAAAUUUGGCUGGCCCUAGUUUAUUUUAUCCCAGCCGUUGCUGCCAAUGUAUUGUCGGCACUUUUCCACCCAUCAGGUGUUUCGCUUGGUGCUUCAGGGGCUUUGUUUGGCCUAUAUGGAGCUUGCCUGGCUGACAUUGUUGUGAAUUGGAAGUUGAUGUUCCUUGUAUUUAAGGACCACCCUGGCGUGUCCAAGCGCUAUUUGAAGCUAAAGCGCGCCUGUUUCAUCUUUCUUGAAGUGAUCGGAAAUAUGGCUUUCGGCCUCAUUCCCAUGAUUGACAAUUUUGCUCACUUGGGAGGCGUUUUUUAUGGGUCUCUCAUCGGAUAUUGCAUCCUGCAGCCUUUGCCACUUUCCUUCUUUGGCAAGAGAAAACGAUCUAGUUCAACAUGCAGGAGCGUCGUGUCCCGCUUCAUUGCGGCUGCUAUUAUGAUAUCGGCAGUUGCUUACUCCAGUGUGAAGCUAAGCCAGAGCGAUGGAAUAACAGUUCCAUACCCACUCGUCAACUAUUACAUCAGUGGUUAUCCGAUAUGA